CUGGGCAGGAAGAGGAAGCCUACAGCACUGGCGGUGCAGCCGCCCUUCCUCAGGCCGCAGCUCUCCGAAUCUCAGCUCAACGCUAAGGUGCUCGACAACGGUAUCUUGGGCGACAUGCACCGGUCUAAAAGCAGUCUGGAGAUGAUGGAGAGUCAGUCAGCUGAUGCUGAGCCUCCUCCUCCCCCUAAACCAGAGCUGCGCUACCCUGGCCUCUCCAGAGGGCCCGGCAGCCACAGUGAAGAGAGCAGCCUGCUAAAUAAAGCCCCCCCCACGCCCACCAUGUACAAAUACAGACCUCCCUACAGCAGCCCAGGAAAGAACCACACCGCCCUCACCCACGCCUAUGCCAACCAGAUGAGUCGUGGGGACAGUCUGAAGGAGUCCUCUACCCUGUUGCAGUCGAGCCAGCAGCCAGGCUACCGCUCUGAGCCCAGUCUGGAUGGUGGGGUAGGGGAGCGGGGCGGAUGUUCUGAGAGGUCAGUGGGCUCUGGUGGGGGGGCAGUGGGCUCGGGCAUCCCUGGGUACUCCCUUGGGGGGCGCUCGUACCCCUCGUUCUCGGACGCCACCGUGCUGUCGGGCGGCGGGCCCUCGCGAUCCUCGUCCAGCGUGCGCUCGGGUCAGGUGGGCGCCGCCGCCGCCGCCUCCGAGGCCACGACCUCCGCCAGCUACAAGAGCCUGGCCAAUCAGACGCCACCGCUGCCCGUGCCGCGCAACGGCAGCCUGUCCUACGACAGCCUUCUCACGCCCUCCGAGAGCCCCGACCUGGAGCCGAGCAGCAUGGCGGCAGCCACCAGCGGUGGUGCCACCUCCGAGCUGUCGCCGGGGCGCACGCGCAACCCCGUCGCCCUGGGUUACAGCUCGCCGUUCCUGUCGGCGCAGAUCGCGCAGCAGCGGGAGAUGGAGCUGCACCAGCCGUCAGGGCUGCUGGGCUCGCCGCACCGCAACGCCUACCUGCGUGCCGCCUCCUCCAGCCCCCCGCCACACGCUCCCCCGCCCCCCGACCAGCACCCCCACCACCACCACCACCACUCGCACCACCAUCACGCCCAGCCCGCACUCCCACCCUCCUCUUCCACCUCCUCCACCGCUGCGUCCUCUGCCUCCUCAUCCUCUGCCCCACACCACCACCACCAUCACCACCACUCGCACCACCACCACCACGCCCAACGUGCCCCGCGCUUCUCGCGCCCCCCGCUGCUGUCCGACUCCGGCCCUCCCCCCGCCUACCCCUACCGCACGCGCUCCACUGAGGCCCCGCCCACCACCCACCCGCCCCGCUCCCCCCACCCCCCUCCACUGGGCAAGUCCCUGUCCUACUCCAGCGCAGCGGCCGCUGAGAUGCAGUACCGCAUGGUGCGCAAGGCCUCCGCUUCAGCCGGUGGCGUGGGGGCAGGAGGAGGCAGCGGCGUGGGGGGGAUCCAGGCUCCGAAGGAUGAAAUUCAGAUGAAGUCCUAUAGCCGAACCAACGGCCAACCUAAAUCCUCCUUCUCCCAGUCACCCGCCUCCUCCACCCCCUCCUCACCUUCCCAUCCAAUCAGUGUCUCCACCCGUCCUGGACAGGCGUAUCCCAGCACAGCUGCCACUCAGAGUCCUGCCCACAAGCCCGGUGGCGGGGUAAAAAAAGUGACCGGUGUUGGUGGAACCACUUAUGAGAUUUCGGUCUGAGUGACUGUGCCCCCCAACCAGCAUCAAGCAUAGACUCCCUGGACCUGCUGUAACUGUAGGGGAGCUCUGCCAUCUUCAGGAGAGCGGUGGCAUACAAGGAUUACGUUGGCAGACAUUUAUUGGUAUUCCCCACCCACCCACACAGAGGAGGCCAUAACCUCUCCAACUGACUUAAAUCGCUUCCUUUCUCCUUCCUGCUGCUGUGGACUCGAGAUCUUACCUUUCUAAUUCGUUUUCCAAAGGAGGACUUUUCUUAAAGAAAAUGGCUGGGUUUUGCCAGCUCUGACAGCCAGCAGGAGUGGAGUGAUGAGACUAAUGUUUGACGCACUGGGAGCCAAUCACAGAUCGCUAGAGGCGGGUCUCCUUCAUCUUUCCUCCAAUGAGGUGUGAGCUUUGUUAGGUGUGACUGCUUUGACUGGGUUGCCUUUCUUAAACAUUCUACAAGAAACAAGAAAAGCAAGAAAAUUCCUUUAAUAUGUGUAAUAUGACUCCUCAUCUGUCCUGUACAGAAAUACAUGGUUUGGGGUUUUUGUUUGUUUGUUUUUGCUCCCUUGGUUUUCCACCAGUUACAGGGGGACUUACUGGCAUGCCGUAGCCACUUAGGACCACUGUGAUACUGGCUACUUGCCAUGCUGCCUUUGUGUAUUGACCAAUCAGUAGUGGAUGAACAGAAGAGCUAGGGCACAGAAACGGCAUAGCUGAGCUUUGAAAUGGAUCAGCCAAUCUCUGCUAGUGUUUUUGGGGCAGUGGCCUGGGGAAUCAAGGAUAAAUGUCUUAUUUUAUUUAAUUUUUAAAUGUUAUUUUAUAUGAAUUUAUAUAAAGCUAUUGAUAAGAUCAAUAUUUCCUCUUUUUUUUUUCUUCUUUUUACGAUGGCUGAUAUGAGAUUUUUAGCUAAUCAAAAAAGAGAUAACUGUAAACGUACGGACCCUUGUUUGAUGGACUGGACCUUCUGUCAUUUACAGAAGCUGAGCAUGUUGCCUCAGCGUUACAAAGGGUCUGAACACACAGAAAGAUUUCAGCCAAUGGGUAGAAGUUCAUUUCGCCAUGGUGAUAUGUAGCAUUUUAAUGCAUUUGAUAUAGAAACCCAUCCUGAUGUUGGGUUGUAUUUCUUGGAUUCUGUUGUAUACGUUUUGAUGGCCUGCCACUUUAAAGUAUGCAACAUUUCUUUCCCCUUCCCCUUCCCUCUUGCUUUUUUCAUUUUUUUUUAUCAGCGGUCUCUCAUGUUGCCUUGUAGUCUUAUUAGCCAAUUGGUAUUCAGCAGCUUACCACUACACACGCUUGUAUCGCCAAGCCAUGGAGAGGCAAGAGAACCAUAUCAGCCCGUCCUGAUUGGUUAAGUUUAGACCAUUGAAAAAUACCUUUUCAUUUGGAGUUUGAAUCAGUCGGGGGGGGGGAUACAAGUUGUUGUUUUUUUUUUCAAUUUUUUAUUUAAGCUCUGUUUAUUUUAAUUUCCUCUCACAGUGAGUUGCAGGCAUUUUGCAGGGAGCUAUAGAUCUAUCCACCAACCGAUCAGACACACAGAAUUUAGUGUCCACUUGAAAGUUUGACCUAGUGCUCAUUGCCCUUUAAGAUAUCCAGAAGUCUGGACAGUUAACACACGGCCAGUGGAUGCCCCUGCCAGACCAGAUGGUAGAGACAGGCAUAGUCUGCAGGAAGGCAGGGACACAGGCCAUAUGGGAGUGAAGUAUUCUGUAUAGCUCAGUGUGGGUGGAUGUGUGUGUGUGUGUAUGUGCGUGUGUGGUUGAGAAUUGGUAAUAAAAAAUACUGUUUAUAAAACGUAAA